UUUACAUUUUAAUCGAAACGAUUAUUAUUUAACACAUAGACAAGACCGAAAGAAUAUCACAUUCAAAAAGUCAGAACUCAGUUCAACAAGCUAAUCGAAUUAGUUUCUUUCUCAAGAGUUAAAAUCAUUUUAAAUAAAAAUGAAAUUAUAUUGUUUAUUUUUAUCAUUUUCCAUUGUAAAUGUUUUGGCAGUCACCGAAACUGACUAUAAGAAGCAAGUAUACAUUUCAAACUACUUCUUCCAAUCAAUAGAAUCAAAAGGGCAAUUCGGAGAUUUAGUGGACAAAUCGGUCGAAGCUUUAAUAUGUUCAAAUAUGCCCAUUACGUUUUUGGCAUUAAUGUUGGUUGCACCAGAAAACACAACAGACUAUGACUCGGACUAUCUACAAAAAUUGAUAAACAACGAGAAACUAAUACAGAACAGAAUAAGAUUGGACCAUGGUAACGAAGUGCUUAUUCCCGCAGGCAUAGAUUUUAGUAAAAAGAGUUUAGUAGCUUUGGGGAUAACUAGAAGAAGUAUAACUUACCCGUCUUUGAAACGUUUAUUGCACAAAGUCGAAAGAGGACUUGUCACUCGGUUCAAUUCACAGCAGACAUGUGAUUUAAUAGCGUUGUUGAAAACUGGAACGGACCGCAGAUAUCGCAUAAAGGAAGUGAGAGUCGAAGAAGAUAGCGAUUGUCGUCUUAUUGAAAUUUUCGACAUUGUUUCCACUUACAUAAAGUUUGACGACGGAUUUUAUAAAAUAGCUGACCAUACUCUAAAUAAAAUCAGCAAACUUACGAAUGAGAUAUUAUAACGAAACCUACCUAGUUGUAGACAUUUAUCGACAUUUAUCAACGCGAAAACUAUGUAUGUAAAAUUAUAGCGUCGAUGUCACUUUGUCAGUUGAUUUUCAGCGCGCACUUUAUGUACUGGACGUUAGUUGUUUAAUUUUAUAAAUCCUAAUAAACAACUU